AUGUUCUUGACGAGGUCCGAAUAUGACCGCGGCGUCAAUACCUUUUCGCCCGAAGGCCGCCUGUUCCAGGUUGAAUAUGCCAUCGAAGCCAUUAAGCUCGGCAGCACGACCAUUGGCAUCAGCACGCCCGAAGGCGUUGUUCUCGGCGUCGAGAAGCGAGUGCAGUCGAAGCUGCUCGAGGCCACGUCGAUUGAAAAGAUCAUGGAGAUUGACCGGCACCUCGGCUGUGCCAUGAGUGGGCUCACGGCCGAUGCACGCACCAUGAUCGAGCACGCCCGGGUCACGAGCCAGAACCACGAAUUCACCUAUGAUGAGGAGAUCAAGGUCUCGAGUGUCACACAGGCCGUGUGCGACUUGGCAUUGAGGUUCGGAGAGAGCACAGAGGAUGACGAGGCCAUGAUGAGUCGUCCGUUUGGUGUGGCACUCUUGAUUGCAGGAAUCGACGAAAAGGGACCCCAGCUCUACCACGCGGACCCGUCAGGGACAUUUGUGCGGUACGACGCAAAGGCCAUUGGCAGCGGCUCCGAAGGCGCUCAGGGCGAGCUGCAGGACAAGUUCAAAAAGGACAUGUCGCUGCACGACGCCAGCCUCUUGACGCUGCGCGUGCUGAAGCAGGUCAUGGAGGAGAAGCUCGACGAGAAGAAUGUGCAGCUGGGCGUCGUUACGCCGCGCACAGCAAAGGACGGGAGGCCGAGCGGGCAAUUUAGAAUCUUGAGCGAGGCAGAGCUCAAAGCGCUCGUCGAUGCGAUGUAGGGGUACAGACUG